AUGGAAGAAACGGGAAAUAAUGGGACAUUAGAUCCUGUCUGUUCUGAAAAUGAACCUCCGUUCUCCCAAGUAAUAUUAGAAAGCCUUGAUUUGACAGGAAUAUUGCUCUUUGCCAUCCUGACUCUAAUGACACUGACUGCCAACCUGGUGUUUGUGGAGGAAGUAUUCUACAUCUACCGCAAAAUUCCCCCCUCCAAAAGAUCAAUUUUUAUUUGGAUAAAUGCAGCUGCUCCAGUGAUUGCUACUACCUCAUGCAUUGGGAUGUGGAUUCCUCGCUCAACAAUGUUUACAGAUUUUACUGCAGCAGUAUUUUUUGCUAUAGUUAUCCACAAGUUCCUGCUCAUGAUGAUUAAAGAAUGUGGGGGUCAAAAACUAUUCCUCAGGCACUUUGAGAAUGACCGCUUCAAGAUAAGCACAGGGCCUUGCUGUUGCUGUUGCCUUUGCCUCCCAUAUAUACACAUCAAUAGGCGAACACUGUUUUUACUGAAGCUGGGGACGUUCCAAUUUGCUUUUCUCCGCCCGGUGCUAAUGUUUCUAUCGAUCGUGCUUUGGACCAAUGGAAACUACAGUCUUUCUGAUUUAUCACCCAAUGGAGCUGCCAUAUGGAUUAACUGCUUCAUAGGCGUCCUUACAGUCAUUGCCCUGUGGCCAAUUGGAAUCAUGUUUCAACGAGUUCGAGUUCUUCUUAACUGCAAGAAGAUUAUUCCUAAAUUUGCACUCUAUCAGUUUGCCCUUAUUCUGAGUCAGCUCCAGGCAACCAUCAUCAACAUAUUGGCUAUGGAAGGGGUAAUUGCUUGUAUACCCCCACUUUCAUCUUCAGCAAGAGGAGCAUAUAUGAACCAACAGCUGCUCAUUUUGGAAAUGUUUCUCAUAACUCUGACCUCACGGGUCAUCUACAGGAAAAAAUAUGAUGACCUGGAGCUUCCAGUGGGUUCUGACCAGGAAACUAAGGACAACAAACAGAACAGCAAGAUCACCAUGGAGGGCAACAUUUUUUGAAAGGGUGAUCGUAUAUUAACUGGAACACUAAUCAAGAUUCUGUCCAAAACAUUUGCUGUCCUUGAAGAGGCUUUCUGACCAUUUAUAAUGUGGCAAUCCAACGAAGAAUACUGGUACAAGUGGAAUAAAUUCAUAUGAGCUGGGGGCAUUCAGGGUUAAAAAAUGGGUGUCCAGGACUAAACUGUAACAGGGCACAUUAGCUAAAGGAAUCAUUUGGUGAUGCAGUGUUCUGCUUUGACAUAAUGAAACCUGAUACAACUAUUGUGAGAGCCCACCAGUGCCAACUUUAGCCAU